GCCUCGGGCCCGAAGCUUCGUGAACCUUCCCGACCGCUCCGCGCUCGGCUCUUUCCGGAGCGGGGAGGGGGCGGAGCCUCCCCGCUGCGCUUCCUCUCGCGCCCUCUUUUCCUGUCAAGAAGCGGCUCCUUCGCCGGUUGCUCCGUCAGUGGUUUCCCUCAGGCGGGACUGGCUUCGUUUCCAUGGCUCAGCUGUGCUACAACCGGGGCUGCGGGCAGCGCUUCGACCCCGAGGCCAACACAGAGGAGUCGUGUACGUAUCACCCAGGAGUACCAGUCUUCCAUGAUGCUCUCAAAGGCUGGUCAUGCUGUAAGAGGCGAACCACAGACUUCUCGGACUUCUUAAGUAUUGUGGGUUGUACAAAAGGCUUCCAUAAUAGUGAGAAGCCCCCUGAACCUGUCAAACCUGAAGUUAAAACUACCUCUGAGAGAAAGGAGCUCGCUGACCUGAAACCCAGAUUUCAGGAACACAUAAUUCAAGCACCAAAGCCAGUGGAAGCAAUUCAGAGGCCAAGCCCAGAUGAGCCGAUGACACUCUUACAGCUGAAAGUAUCUGCUUCCUUGAAACAAGCAUUGGACAAGCUAAAACUGUCAUCGGAAAAUGAAAUUAAAAAAGAGGAGGAUAGUGAUGAAAUAAAGAUUGGGACUAUCUGUAAAAAUGCAGGCUGUGUGAAGACAUUUGAGGGAUCACAUAGCAUGGAAGAAACCUGUACAUACCACUCAGGUGUGCCUAUAUUCCACGAAGGGAUGAAGUACUGGAGUUGUUGUAGGAGGAAAACAUCCGACUUUGAAACUUUCUUGGCUCAACAGGGUUGUACAACUGGCACACAUUUAUGGGUUAAGAAGGAUACUGGGAAAAAGGUAGUUCCAUGCAGGCACGAUUGGCAUCAGACUGGAGGUGAAGUAACCAUUUCGAUCUAUGCUAAGAACUCAGUUCCUGAACUCAGCCACGUGGAAGCAAAUAGCACAUUGUUGAACAUCCAUGUUGUAUUUGAAGGUGAUAAGGAGUUUAAACAGAAUCUGAUUUUAUGGGGGGUGAUUGAUGUGAAAAGGAGUUAUGUAACUAUGACAGCUACAAAGAUAGAGCUCACUAUGAAGAAAGCUGAGCCCAUGUUGUGGGCUGGCUUGGAACUCCCAGCAUCCAAAGUACAACAGAAACAGCAGCAAGAAAUGGCAGAGCAAGCUUGAAAUCUGAGACACCAGUGGUUGCCAACAGUGAAGUGGUGACUUGCUGUUGUAACAUGAAUUGAUUUUAUACGGUUUUUUAAAAAAUAAAAUUUGCAUCCCAGCCUGGGUGCAGUGUUAGGCUUUUCAGUAGUGCACUAGUUCACUUGUUUUGCUUUGUCGAAUCCCAUCUGUAGGGAUGUGCACAAAUCACACUUUGAGCACUUUGGGGGAAAUUUGUUUGAGAACUGUAAAGCACCCAUGCAUGCACAGGGGCUUAUUGGGAUGUGCGCCACCCCAGCAGGAAACUGAAUGGUGCCGGCAGAGAGCAGCUAAGGCCCUGCUCUCCUUUUUCUUAAAGUUCCCAAACAAAUUUCCCCAAAGGUGCUCGAACUGCAAUUCGUGCACAUCCCUACUCCGCUGUGCUACAAUUGCACAUGGCAGCAUUAUGAACUUCAGAUUCUGUUCAAUCUGCUGGUUUUAAGGAAGGCAUGUGGAUGCCAUUAGUCUAGGUUAGGCACACUUGCAAGGAAGCUGAUUGUCUGUAGCAUUUUGUAAGCAUUUUGUUCCCCUCUCAUGCUCACCUGUCAUAUUAUCCCUUUCUUAGCUCUCUAUUUUUCGGUUUACUUCUGCCACUUCAUGCUGGAAUUUCAAAUUCUUGUUGGAGUGCUGAAUGCCAAAGCACUGGCUUGGAAUAAGAAUAUGAAUCAAGCAAAUACAUACAUAGCCAAUACCUGUACUGCGAACGCUGAGUCUGGUGCAGAGUCUUGCGUGCUGGUGCACAGUCUUAUUUGGUUUGGGGACUAGGGAUCUUGCCCUUAAAUAUUUCAAGACUCUGCAAUGUUUUUGUGAAAAUACAACCAUUAAUUGCAAUGCAACUUAAGUAGUAGCUCUGAUCAUGUGGAGAAACUGGUAUUCAGUUAUUGUAGACACAAGCUUUAAUUUUUGCUUUAAUGUACAUGGUGUUCUUUUUGCUAGGGGGGAGACAAAAAAGUCAGGCCAACUAAUAAAGCUAGGCCCAUCCAGGAAGCUCUUUGGUUUAGCUAACUGAUAGUGCAAUCCUAUGCAUGGUUACUUGGAAGUAGAUCCCACUACUUUCAAUGGGAUGUGUUUAGAAUUGCAGCCUUGAGUAUGUUUUCCCCCAGAACUAAACUUUGGAGCUGUUCAGUAAUCAGUUGCCCAUCUCCAAAUCCUUGGUUCCUGCCUCAUAUCCAAGCUUCAGCAGCUCUGUUUUCAGGAUGCUCUGUCCUUUUCUCUUCCCUUUCUAAUGUACUUGGACUUUGGAUUUAGCAUGCACCCUGUUAAUCUUCCUACAAACUGAGUUCUAAAAGGCCUUUCAGACAUGUGUCCCAGCCUACUAAGCGAUGCUUUUCCGCAAGUCCCAUUGACAUAACCGAGGACCAUGCAAGAGCACUGCAAUAGUUAUGAGGGCUAUGCAGGAACAAUUUAGUGAGUUGCAUCAUCAGCUAUUUGCAAUACAAACACAACUCCAAGAAGGAAUCCAGACAAUGUCUCUCAUUUUCAGAGCAGACUAUGUCCAUUCAAUAAUAAGGCAAGCAUUACCUUUGUGAUAUAUCCCUGCAUAUGCCUUGAAGUGGGAACCUUUUAUAGUAGUAUGCCAAUUAAACAAUAAAAUUAAAAAUAGGGGAUGAAGCAAGUACAAGUAAAUGGAUAACCAAAAACAAUAGUUGAAUAUUGACAGAUGGUAAAAACCAGUGAUCUCUCUCCCAAUGCUCAAGACUGGGAUUUGGGGAUCUUUAAUCAUCUCUUGUUGCAACUUCUUUCACAGCCUUGUGUGACCUGGAUCCUCAUAUUCUCUUAUUGCUCACCCGGAGUCUUUUUGCUUAGUUCUGGAAGAGGCUGGAUUCUUUCAGUCUGCUCUUCCAGUGUUGGCUCAUUUACAUCAGCAUAAGCCUGAGUCAUCACUCUUACUCAGGGCCUGUCCCCUUAAACCUGAAAGCAGAAAGUAACCAAGAAAGUUCCUCAUUCCUUUCUCUGAUGUGGUUCUGGCCAGAGUGCCUGACUCAUUGCCUGUGUUUAACUGGCGCAACAGCUGUCCAGGUCUUGUCCUUCCCUGUCUGGAAGCCUUAAAGGCUUUUGUUUGAAUGGAAAGUGCUACCUGAAUUGCAAAUGUGGCUAUGGGGGCAGUAGAAACCCCUUAGCAUGCAUGAAAACAUUUCAACUAGUUCUUAUUACAACUUAUCUCAGCAAGUUGGUAAAUGCAGCACAUGGGGCUAGAUGGUGUACAGGUGGCCCUCAUUUUCUGCAGGGGUUCAGUUCCCACCAAUUUCCACAGAUAACGGAACCAUAGGUAAUGAGACCUUAAGUCAAUGGCAAUUGGGGGGUUAGGUUCCUGGAGAGCAAAAAAAGCAAUAAAAAGGUAGAAACUGGAGAAACAAUGCACCAUGCCAUGCUCUGCAGGUCUCCACCUGUCCAGCAGUGUCCCCCCCAAACCCCAAUGUGGCUGACUUUCCACAAAAUCACAGAAUUAUUAUUAUUAUUAUUUUUAAAUUUGGAGUCACAAAAUAGCUCCGUUUAACAAAAUGGCCAGAAAUGAUCUCCAUGGUCAGUUCUGGCCAUCCUGAAACCAUGAAUAGGCAAAUUUCUACAAUUCUUAAAGCACCUUUACCGAGGUCAGAUCUCCGUUGUCUGACUGCAGAUAUGUGAAACCACGCAUGUUGGGACCAUGGGUGAGAAGGGCCACCUGUAUUUUCUCAGUUGCCACUCAAAACAGAGGCAACUGAUCUAGAUGUUGCUGACUGGUGUGAGCCUUUGCCUUUGGCAAGAACCUGAUUUAAUCAAAGAAAAAGGCAAAACUUUGGGCCAUCUGAAUCUUACUGCAGUCACUAAAUGGCAGGAAAUAAUUGCUCAUGGUCAUAGUACUGUUCCUUUGGUACUGAAUUGUUUUGACGAAAAAUAUUGAUCCUGUAUAAAUGGGAACAUUGGGCUCAGCCAUAUAAGCCAUUAAGGUGGUUCUCAUGACUGGCUCUACCCAGGCACAGGCAGCCCUACCUGGGUAGAGGUGGUUGUGAGAAGUGCUGGGAUCAGUCCCGAUUCCUGCACUCUGCAGCCAGGUAGUCUGAGGUUUUUUUCCUGGGCUAAUAGUGGGGUAGAAGGAUGUGAGCAUGCUAUUCUACACCACUUCCCAGCUGUGUGCAUGUUUGGGCUGCCUUCAGCCUGAGCAUCCACAGAACCAGGCGGCAAGAGUGCCUAGCAGUGAGGAAAUGCCUCAAUGCACUCCGCUCCUGGAGCAGUGCAUUGUGGGGUGCCAGAGGACUUCUUCCUCCAGCUCCUGGCUCUGCUUCAAGCAAAAGAGCUUAGAAGACUAUGGUUAUGUUCAGGGAGCCUGCCUCCCCAGCUUUGAGAAGAUAGGUUGUUUGAAUGACCUUGCAGUGCCAAGACGACUUUCUCCCUGUUUUAUAUGUAGCGCCUGCCAAUACACCAGUUUCUGGUUCUAUUCGGCCACCACCAUAUUGCCGAGAUAAUAUUUCUUCAAAAUGAGACCCAUGUAAGCCAAAGUCAGCUGUGGCCUCAAAUUAUUUUGAUGGGUUCAAAAGGCGGAUUCCUUUGACUUCUCAGUGCAGCAUCUUUACAUGGACUGGACAUCUGUACAGUGAAGGGAGACUGGAGAUAAACAGUUGUGCAUGAAGUACAAUAAAGUUUAGAUUGGCUUAGACUGGCCGUUUCUGCUUAUAAUAUUCUUUUGUUCCUAGUAAGAAGUCAGCUUCCUUGCAAUGUAUUAAGCUAAUUGCCCCGUUUUAACAAUGUGUCUUCCCCCCCCUCCCAGCACUGGCACAUUAUCCUACCAUACUCCUUCAGUAGCCUAUGAACGAGCUACCACUUUGUUCAGAGGCCUACAAGUGACAGUCAGGUCAUUUACACGGCCAUUGGGGGGGAAGGCAGGUUCCUACCUACCUCCCCUACCCCACCCCGAUCGUUUCAGCUCUGCAUGCUGCCACGUGCACACGAAUGGCGCUGCAGCAAGCAGUGCACUGAUCUACAGGCCAGGGGAAGGAUGCCCAGCCUCCUGAUAUUCCACAAUGCAUCGAGUGAGCAGCAAUUCCUGAAGCUGGGUUAUCCCCCUCCCCCCGGCCAUCAUUUUAAUGGCUGCUGGCAGCCUGUGUGCUCACAUGACCAGGCAAGGUAGGAGGGUGCAUGUGUGCCCUUCAGCCUCGAUUUUAGCCUGGGUACAAAACCCAGACUACCCGGUGGAAUAGCACCGGGGAUCAGGACCAAUCCUGGUGGUUCUCAUGAUCAGCCCUUCCUGGAUAGGGUUGGUCAUGAGAAUGACCUCAGUAGCAGCAGCUGCUGUCAAAGCUGACAAUUUAAGGGACCCCCUUUCUAGCCCUCUCGCAUCUGCUGCUACUUUAUUUACCCACCCACUUACUCACCUUUGGUAGUGUUUGGCUUUUAAAAGUUAAGAGACAAAGUUGCAGAAUGUUUCUCUCUUAGAAGAAUCCAUCUGCUGUUGCAGGAUAAACGAGUAGGUGAUACUGUUGCAGGUUCUGCAUAAGCACCUGUAGUUCAGGGCUGCGCAGCCUCCAAGUGGGCUACCUUACCUGGCCUCUCGGCUGUACUUGACUCAACAAGUUGCUUGUUGUAUGGCACUAUCAGACAGUUGCUGAUGCAGUUACCCAGAGUCCUGACAACAGGUAGUGGUUGGUUCGUAGGCCAACCAAUUUUGAGCAAAAUCUUUCAUUUUUACAUUCGCAUGGCCUCCUUUCCCAGCACAGAUUUAUCAUGUAAUGUAAAGGACACUCAUAUGCAUCCCAGUUCCCCAAAUAUUCAUACUGGGCUUUUAUGUUCACGCUCCUUGUUGUUGGAGGUGUUACAUCAGCAAGUCACCACUUCCGUAAUCAGUACUGUUAGUUGUUUUGCCUUGAAAAGAAUUCAAUUUCUGCUGUGUAAUAAUGCACUUCUUUGCUUUAAAUAUAGCAUGGGAAUUAAAAAUUCAAUAGCAGUUGACUUGAGGUUUUCCAUAUUGCAACCACAAAUUUCAUUUGUAUAUGAUAACAUGAAAAAAAAAUAGGUGUCUGGAACACUAGAUUUUUUCAAUUAACAGUUUUUUUUCAGUGUUUUCCCUUUGCAUGAGUGUCUGUUUUAAAUUUUGUUGAUAAAGAAUGUUUCUUAGCGGUCUCAUGCCUUCAGACCUUUUUCUAAGUUUAUGGAAUAAAUGGUUAACUCUG